AUGCAUGAUCUCAUCCAUGAUCUUGCACGAUUAGUGGCAGGAACAGACUGUUUUAUUGUGAAUACUAAUGUAGAAAAUAUGUCUGAAAGAACAUAUCGCAUGGCGUUUGAUUCCAUUUCAUGUUUGUCACGGGAAGUUUCAACAUUCAUGAUCAAUGCAAGGAAGAUUCGCACAUUAAUUUUGUGUGGUCCAAAACAAAGAGAAGCUCAUGAUACACUAAUUUCAAGUUUUAUAUGCCUGCGUACAUUGGAUUUGCAAGGUUCAAGAAUUGAGAAUCUUCCCAAAUCUAUUGGCAAACUUAAGCAUCUAAGAUAUCUAGAUCUGUCACGGAAUAUCAAUAUGGCUACACUUCCCAAAUCUAUCUGCAAGCUACAGAACUUGCAGACACUUAAACUCUCAUACUGUCUUGAUUUUAGAAGAUUGCCAGUUGAUAUAAGAAAGUUGGUGAGCCUUAGACAUCUUGAAAUUGAGGGAUGUAACGACCUAAGUUACAUGCCAUUUGGACUAGGAGAAUUGACAUGUCUUCAGACCUUACCAAUUUUCAUUGUGGGAAAGGAUAGCUCCAUCUCUAAAGCUAUUGGGGGAAUUGGUGAGUUGAAUAACUUAAACCACCUUAGAGGGGGUCUCCAAAUUAAACAUCUUGAAAAUGCGAGAAAUAGAACAUCUAGAUUGAAGGAACUGAAGGGAGCAAACUUAAAGGAAAAAAAGUUUAUUCAAAAACUGACACUAGAAUGGACAGGAGAUAAAGAUGGUGUUGAUUAUGUUGAUGUGGAUGGUAGAGUGUUGGAAGACCUCCAGCCACACCCAAAUCUGAAAGAGUUGAAUGUAGAAGGAUAUGGAGGCAUCACGUUUCCAAGUUGGAUGAUGAUUAAAAUGGUUUCAUGGCUGCCAAACUUAGUUUGCAUCACCAUACAAAAUUGUAGAAGAUGCCAACAUCUUCCAUGGUUUGGUGAUCUCCCUUUUCUGAAGUUUUUCAAACUCCAAUCUCUAAGUGCACUUGAGUACAUCGACAACAACUACAUUGGGUCUUCUUCUGUUGCUAACACUACUAGUGACGCUACUGUUGAUACUCCAUCUUCGUCAAGGAGUAAACUUAUGAAUGCUGCAACAAGAGGGUCUUUCUUUCCAGCUCUCGAAAAACUUUUACUUGAUGGUUUGCCUCUUCUGAAGGAAUGGCUGAGGGAAGUAGUUAUGGCUAAUGAUCAUGGGGAAAUAGCACCAGCUCGAUAA